AACGAAGCCUCCUUCUUCACCUCCUCACCAUCACCUCCUCCUCUGGCCGGCGCGUGUGCGCGUGCACGCGACGGCUGCACUGCGGAUCGUCGGACGGAUCAAAGACAUCAAAGGUCAUGUGACGUCUAAUGGAAGACAGCCAUUGAGCAUUGAGUUAACUUUCAGCAAGUGGAUUAUCUGAGAAAAAGCUGAGGAACCAUGGGAGAUGGAGGACCCCUCCAAACCGAGGGGAACGCCCUCCUCAAGGCCGUCUUUCAAGGCAAGCUGAGACUGACUCGUCUGCUGCUGGAGGGCGGAGCUUACAUCAACGAGGGCAAUGAGCGCGGUGAGACACCCAUCUCAGCUGCUUGCUUAGCCACCUACAAUGAUCCUCAGACCCACCUGAAGAUGGUGCGAUACCUUCUAGAGAAAGGUGCUGAUCCAAAUAUCCCAGACAAAAGCGGGCGCACAGCACUGAUACAUGCCUGUGCUGAGAAGGCAGGCAAGGAAGUGGUCUCUCUUCUUCUGGAGAGUGGAGCUGAUCCCAGCCUAAAAGACUACUCGGGCUCAUCUGCUCUGGUCCACGCCAUCAACAAAGGAGAUCACGAAACUCUGCAGGUCCUGUUGGAUGCUUGUAAGGCCAAAGGCAAAGAAGUGAUCAUUAUCACAACAGAUAUGUCUCCUUCAGGCACAAAGAAGACAAAGCAGUAUCUCAACUCCCCGCCAUCACCGGGUGUUGUGGACAAGUUAUUCCCCACCUGUAUGUCACCAUCUGAAGUGGAGAUUGGCACCUCUAGCUCUCCAGCAGCAGAUAAAGUCGGGAUCUUUAAUUUUGCACUGAGCUCAGCUUUACCUAUACCUUCUGGACAUCCUCCAGGGGAGAAGAGACUGGCACCACACAAGCUGCUGAAGAGGCUCAACUCUGAGCCUUGGGGCCUGGUCGCACACUCAGCGUUGACUGGACUUCCACAGGAGAUGGUAGAUCAUGAUCUGCAGGAGGAGGGAAGCUGGCAUUUGAGCAGGACAAUCUCAGAGAUGAAUGGCCUGUCCAUCACAGAACCGGUGCGGCCUUUGUUAUCCCGACGACACAGCAUUGAAACCCAUGAUCCUUGCUCCCCCAAACUGACUGACAAAUCCUUCUCCGAGGACUAUGGUGUUCUCUGUGGUUCCUCUUGGGCUGAUAAAGUUCAGCAGCACCAGAUUUUAUAUCGAAGGAAUACAGCACCAGAAUACCAGGAGAAUGUUGGAGGAGCUGGGGCCACCACCACCCGUGUCCUGACUGCUGAGAACCACCUCUGUCCAGAAUCUAGCCCAGGGUCUCCAGACUCUGGCCGGGUGUCUGUGGAACGUAAAUGGUACAACACCUCUCCUCUCUCCUUGAUUACCAGCUCAUCCCGGGAGUCACUGGAGAACAUCCCCAAUUCUGUUUCUCCCAGCUCGUUACGCAGGCGGCCCCCAGGGCUCCUUGAGCGUCGUGGCUCUGGGACCUUCCUACUUGACCACAUUUCCCACACCAGACCUGGCUUUCUGCCUCCUCUGAACAUCAACCCUCACAGACCCAUCCCAGAGAUCAAGGCUAAUGGUAAGGCUACCUCUCCAGUCCAUGCCACUAACAAAAUCCUGGUCCCAGUGGCCCCAGCCUCACCCAAACGGGGGUCUGACUUCAAAAUGAAAAAGAAGCUGUUGAGAAGACACUCGAUGCAGACAGAGCAGAUGAAGCAGCUGUCUACAUUCCGGGAGAUCUUGGCAGAAAAGGUCAUUGAGUCGAGUGGGGAUUGAUAAAUGGACAAGCUGGAGCAUGCUAUGAUGGUUCCCCGUGGUAAUGAGAAUCUGAAUGAUGAUAGUUCCCCAUGGGACUGAGAACCUGAAUCAGGAUAGUUCCCCAUAGGACU